AAAAUUACAAAUCUCAAGGUGAAUUUGUUGUUUGACACGGUAAAUAUUACCGCGCUUAAAACUAGUCUGCUGGGAUCAAAAUUGUAUUUUACUGAUGGGGACAAACAAUUUGAAUUGUAGUGUGUCGUUUGAAAUACCAAUACGAGACGAGAUCCAGUCUCCUAGGGCGUUACGCCUGCUCUCAUCUCCGAAUUAUGUUCGGAAUGAUUCUGACUUAAAUGAAAGGCUAGAGAAAGCUCGGGAAAGACGAUCUAACGUUCUGGCUGAAACUAUAAAUCGAAAUGAGCAACAUGUCCAUUUAGCUAAGUCUAAAUGUGAACAAGAGAAAGAGAAGCUCGUAAAUCGAUCAAAUGAAUUAAUGGAGAAUCUCACGGAGGAUUUGGCACAGAAGUCGUCUAGGCGGCAACAGAUUAUCGACAAGAUAGUUAAUAGGAACAAGAAAGAAAUUGAGAAAGCAAAACAACUUGCGGAUGCCCGUGCUUCCCCACAAAGCAUCCUGCUUCGUCAGAUCAACGACGAUAUGUCCAAUAAGGAAAACAACAGACGUUCUCACCUACAAAAUAUAGUUCAUCAGUGCCAGCUGGAGCUUUGUCAUUUUUUAAGUGGGUUUGGAAUUCUGGGGAUCUUAAGGUGACACGCAUUAGUAAUUAUUUUCACCGGCGAAACCUACUACAAUACCAACGCAUAUAAAACGGUAUAGUCAAGCCUCAUGAUAGCGUCUUAAUCAGCCUCAACGUUCCUCAGUGACACCGAGUUUGAUUACAGGUGCCACAGCAAACCCAGUUAACUAACAUCAAGCCUAGUAUGUGUAAACUAAUCAUUUACUUCUUAGGCAUAAAUGUCCACCGCACUGUGAAUCCUCACCCAAGUAAUUUUUCGCAACGUAUUGUUCCUUUGAUUUACGACAUGGACCAAAUCUAUUUGUAAAAGGCUAUUCCUAUCCUAUCAUGUAUAUUGCUUUUUACUGGCUGGCCUUCGCUUGAUUUUCACAUUCAAAAAGGUUAUAAGAAACCUCCGAAGUGAGAAAAUGCACACUAUCUACGAGGUAAUACUUAGUUGUCAGUUCAUAGGAUAACUGUUGUCAUUAACGUCGACCCUCAAAAUAAACCAAGUCAUAUGAUGACGAUUUCGGAGUCCUGAUUAGACUCAUAGCCUCUUCGGGAGAUAACACAAAGGGCAGUGUGUGUGGUUCAGAACGGUUGUUUUACUGUUCCCUACAUUUAAUCUCUAACGAAUUCUGUCCUCCAAAAUACUAUUUAUUAAUCAGACCGAAUGUACUUAUUGUUUGCCAUAAAGAUUCUGCCUUUUCCUAAGUAGCUAAAACCAACGUAACCACUCACUCCACUCUGAUUCGUUUUGUGCUGAUUAGUUACAAAUUGUGGUUGUUUAUUUUUGUUGCUUAAAGCAUUCAAAGCGCACUUAAUAACUGCUUCAUGUGAAAUGCGCACACUUAUUUACAUGUCCUGCGUAUAAACUUGUUCCUAGAGGUAGUACUUAUGAUAUUUUUAACCUUGAGGUACUCGGACUGUUUGUUAUUCUUGUUACAUAUUCC